AUGUUUAAAAUUAAAUAGCAAAGCUUUUAAAUAGUUCAAAUUUCUAAAAAACAUCUAAAUAAAUUAUUUAUAAAUUAAUUUUUAAUUUAUAUAGAACUUUAACAUAUUAUUGCCAUAAUAAUAAAAAAAACUAACUUAUUUUAUCGAAAUAUACUCAUUUUUUUAUUGAUGAAAUCAAAUACAAUUUCGGAUAAUUUGAUUUGUUAUUUGAAAUAUAUUAAAAUAAUAGAUAACUAUGUGAAUAAAUAGACGACAAUUUUUUUUUUUUAUUAUAGAUUGUAUCCUAAAAUUUGGAAGAUAACCACGUUUUCUUAAAAUACUUAAAGUUUUAACUAGCUAUAAAGAUGA